UGCAGAUAAGGAAAUCGUAUCAAAACAAAACGCGAAAAAUAGAAUUCUUGCACAAAUACAACGCGAAAAAAGGCAAAUGUUUCGCAAUUGUUAAAUAAUUGCAAGUUGGUUGAGCAACUAAAUACAUAAUUAUGAAGCUUUACAAGCUUCACACGCACACGCGUGGCUGCAACAAAUCCUACGGUAAAUAUUAUGCGGACCUGCUGAUGAACCCGAAGGACCAUCCCAACGCCAAUGUGGGCGAUGUGGUGGAAAUUUACGCCCCGGACGAGGAGAACGGCACACACCUGCUGCUCCAGAUCACGGAGUUCAACAACAGCUGCGGCCGGGAUGUAAUCAGCAUUGAGUCGGGCAUCGCCACCGCCUUCAAGAUGCGCCCCUACACCAAUGUGGUGAUGCGCAUAGUGGAUCCGGCAGACGUGGCCCUGGACUCCAUAGAGAUAACCUUCAAGGACCAGUAUAUGGGCCGCUCUGAGAUGUGGCGACUAAAGACCUAUUUGACGGACACCUGCGUGUAUGUGAACAAGAAAAUCGACUACAACGACAUGCAGAUCCGGUGCCAGGUGUAUGAGAUGUGGUCACAGGGCGAUCGCGUGGCCAGCGGCGUCAUUACGGAGGAUACCAAGAUCGUGUUUCGCAGUAGCACAUCGAUGGUGUACCUGUUCCUGCAGAUGUCCUCCGAAAUGUGGGACUUUGACAUCCAUGGCGAUCUGUACUUUGAGAAGGCCGUGAAUGGCUUCCUCACAGAGCUCUUCCAAAAGUGGCGCAAGCUGAGCUGCAACCACGAGGUGACCAUUGUGCUCUUCUCGCGCACCUUCUACGCGGCGAAGAGCCUGGACGAGUUCCCCGAGCACAUGCGCGACUGCCUGCAGCUGGACUACAAGGGUCGCUUCUACGAGGACUUCUACCGCGUGGCCAUCCAGAACGAACGCUGCGACGACUGGUGCACGGUGCUGGGCCAGCUGCGCAAGCUCUUUACCUCCUACCAGGCCACCGUGCUGCGGUAUCAUGAGCGGGAGCACAUGAAGAUACCGCCUGCCACCAAUUCCUCGGCCACUCAGGGCAACUUCCUGGAGGUCCUGAAUAUCUCCCUCAACACCUUCGAGAAGCAUUACUUGGACAGGACGUUCGAUCGCACCGGACAGCUCUCGGUGGUGAUCACUCCGGGCGUGGGCGUCUUCUCCGUGGACCGGGAGCUUACCAACAUCACCAAGCAGCGGAUCAUCGACAAUGGCGUGGGCAGUGAUUUGGUCUGUGUGGGGGAGCAGCCCCUGCACGCGGUCCCGCUGCUCAAGUUCCACAACAAGGACACUACUCUGACCUCAGCGGAUGACUACUCCCUGCCGCACUGGAUAAACCUGAGCUUCUACUCCACGAACAAGAAGAUCGCCUACUCCAGCUUCAUACCGCGGAUCAAGCUGCCGCUGUUUGGCUCCCAGCAGACGCUGCACGACGCCGGAGUCGGCGAGGGUGUGGGGGAUGAGGGCGAGGAGAACGAGCGACACUUCCUCAGCUGCAAUCAGUCAGAGUACAAGCACAACUCGCUCUUCGACUACGAUGCGUACGACGAGCAGAUCUUUCAACCCUUGCCAGCUCAAAGCACUUGCUCUCUGCAGCGCGUGGUGCGGGCUAAGAAGACGUCGGUGCCUAGUCUGGAGACCUACGCCUACCGGAACAACGACUGGGAGAAUCUCACGCCCACCCAGAUACCGGCCAUGCGGCGAAAGAUGUCCGAUCCGGAUAUUCAUCACGGCACCUCUGCCAUGCUGGCGGCCUUGCAGCAGCCGGACACGACCAAUCUCUCGGAGUCACUGGCCUCGGAGAAGAACUCACGGAGGACGAUCGUCAGCAUUGCACCCAUAGUGCGUCCCGGUCGCGCCCUAAUCAAUCCCUUUGAUCCCUCGCAAGUGACCAUCAAGUUGACCUCAAAUCGCCGCCGUUGGACGCACAUCUUUCCCAAGGGCCCAACGGGCGUGCUCAUUCAGCAGCAUCAUUACCAGGCUGUGCCAGCGAAGAUAACGCCAGCAACGGGUCAGCCGAGGCCGCUGCAGCAGAUUUACAACAACGGCCAGACUGGCGGCAACAACAACAACGAGCAGGAGGAUUAUGGAUGCGAGAGCGCGGAGCAAUACGACCGGGUGUCCACUCACUCGCUACUAAGCAAGUCCGCCUCUACGCACAGCUUUGUGAUGGGCGACGAGAAAAUCGACAUCUUUAAGCGGCGACAAAACUCGCUGAUUAACGCCCUUCCCGCCAACGUGCCCAACCUGACGGCCACCCAGGCCAAGUCGUAUCUCUGGGGAGCCACCGGGGAGCAGGAGUGGACGCCAGCAAUUACUACGGUCCAGCAUCUGAGGCCGAUCGUCGAGGGCGAGCACCAUCAUCACCUUCUGGGUGGCCUGGAUCCGCCCGCCGACCCGGAGGCGGGUGUCGGUUGCGGCGGCGGAAGAGGAAAGAUCAUCAUAGGCGUCGACUGGAAGUCGCUUACCAUUCCCGCCUGCCUGCCCAUCACCACGGACUACUUUCCCGACAAGCGGUCGCUGAACAACGACUACGUAAUCUCCGACUACACGCUCCUGCCGGACGAUGUAAACCACGAGUAUGCGCAGAGCAGAGCCGUCUACCGGAAGCCCCUGUCCACGGAGGAGGUGUGUAAGGAGAUCGUGUCGCAGCGCCUCGCCCAGGGCUUUCAGCUAAUUGUGGUUGACGAGAAACCGCUGUCGGUGCUCGGCGGCUGCUCCUCGGGAUCCGCUGUGCUGCCACUGAAGCCGCCCUGUGAGUCCAAGAAGGAGUACCUGCUCUCCAUUGGUCGCAUCUUUCACAAGAUCUCGCUGAGCGGUUCGGUGAUCACGGUCACCGGCUACAGGCCAAGACAUCCGUAUCCUCCGAUAAAUGUGGACUACCGGUACCGCUUCCAUGCCCCGCAGCACGAGACCUACGAGAUCUCCGGCGUGAACUUCACCACCGAGAAACUGGAAAACUUUAACUGGAAUCACAUGGAUCUGUAUAUCUGCACGCGUGGCGAUGUGGAUUAUCCCCUAAUGGAGAGCCUGAAGUACUGGCGCUAUCGCAUGUACCUGCUGCCCAAGGAGACCAUUGUGAGCAAGAUAGCCAGCUGCCAGCACUGCGAUGUCUUCCCGGACCUGACGGCGGCGGACAAUACGCGGGAGCAAGUGGAAGACUUUGUCCGCCUGAUCGAGGCUGUCAGCAAACUGAAGCGCCAGUUUGCGCGCAAGGCGAGAGACAGCCCCAUCGCCCACAGCAUAACCAAGCGACGACACAGCACCAGCAUUAUAUCCAGGCCUCAGCCUAACCAGGGACUCACGAACUCUCCGUUUCGGGAGCGAGUGGGCAGCAAUCGGCUGCCGGAAAAGCCCAGCAUUAAUGUACGCCCCAAGCUGGAGAACGGCCGCAUCUCGCGUAUUUUUCCAGCCACGGAUGCAGUGGCGGCAGCUGGAAUAGCUGCCAGAGAUGACCAAGACGAUGGCUUUCCCGUUGACAUCAAGUUCAGUCCGAAUGCGACGCUGGUGGAGAUCUUUGAGGCCAUGAAGCAUCCAGUGACAGGAGUGGGCUACUUUGCCCAAACACAGUCGCUGCCCUCCUGCACAUUCCUCUCGUACGACGCCCUGAUGUGGCUGAAGACCCGCCUGAACAAUGGACGGCAUCCGCUUGAGUUGCUGGAGGCCAUGCGCAAGGAACGCAUGAUCUGCCACGCCUCGGGCGACUGGAAGCGGGCCGUGGUGCCAGGCUUUGUCUUUUACUAUGUGGUGCAGCAGGACAAGAAUGCCAAAGAUUACGCUCCGCCUCUGGGUGACUACAGCGCCUUUGUCAACGAGUGGCUCGAGAUCGAGUUCCAAGGCUGCAGCUUCCUCUGGCAUGAUGAAGUGGUGGCCACACCAGUGCCCAAUUUCCUGAGGGACAAGCCGGCUCCGCAGUCUUGGACAGAAAGCUGCAAGCGCGUUUAUCGUCAGUCUCAUCUGGAGAUCGAUGUCAACCAGAAGAGCGACCGCAUGGAGUGGGGUCAUGUGAAGCAUCACACUGUGCUGCAGCCCGGGUUUGCGUUUGAGAUUGUGGUGGAGUGGGUGACCUCAUCGGGUCCCAUAGUGGCGGAUUUGAUCGGUGGCUGGAUGCGCAAGGCUAACCAAUUCAACUUUCUGGUCUCCGUGCCUGCGGAUCCCAUGGCGGAGCCAUUCACCAAGAAAUCGGAUCCCCUGAGGGGCCCCAUUUUCAUACCCCUGUGCACCACUUUCCUGCCCAAUGGAGCGGCCUUGUUUGAAGAGUUUCCCGAGGAAAGCCGAGCGGAUCGUAUGCUGUUCCUGCAGGAGGCCAUCCUGACCAAGUUUGGAUUUCUGCCCUGUGUUUUGGAGAAGAAAUUCAGCAUUGGCAAGGACCUUCCCAAGGAGUAUCAGUAUGUCCACUGCACAGGCAACAUGUUCGCCUUGAUACGCUGCGCCUCCAACAACUACCAAGUCGAAUCACCCAUCCGGCUGGAGGCGGCCAAUGUCACUCGCUGCGUCUAUGGCCACACCAACAACACAAAUGUGCCCAAGAAGGUGGGCUUUUUGUGGGCCUGGAACCACAUGAUACCCAACAAGAAGUGGAAGGCCCAGACCAUUAACAACUCGGCGGAUGGUGAACUGUUUCAGCUCAAGCUGCUUAAGGAUUUCCGAGAGUUUUGUUCGAACAGUGACCAGCGGCUGUCUGCCUUUUGGACGCAGUCUCAGGAGCUAAGGCGCAAAGCCCAGAAAUUUGAGUUCAACAACAACAACAACAAUAACACGGAGGACAUCAAGAUCAAGUAGAUUCGUUGGAUUCCUUUUAAUUGUAAAUAAAUGCAAAUACUUUCAAA